AUGGGAAACAAAACACUUUCACUGGAUGAAUUGAAUGCGAUUAUCGCUAAUACAGAAGAAAUAGAGGAAGGUGUAGUCAUAAAAGACUACUCUAUAAAUCAAGCGAGUGAUAAAAUGCUUGGUUUUCUUGGUGAUUAUUGGAAACUGGAAGUAGAGUUGGUCACACGUGACAAUGACACGUUACGUAAAAUAUUCUUCAUCAAAGCAAUUUCGAAAUCCAACGACGCCAAAGCCGACAUGGCAAGAGACAUGAAUUUGUUUGAAAAGGAAUCUUGGUUUUACAACGCCAUGAUAAAGAAAAUGUCCAAAAACGGUCUCAAACCUUGGAGUUCCCGUUUGAUCACAUCGACUAAUGAAGCGAUGGUCUUCGAAGAUCUAAAUGCCCUUCAAUACAAAAAUAGAGAUAAAUUUAAAGUUUACGACGAAGAGCAUAUUUUACUCGCCCUAAACACGCUUGCUAGAUUUCAUGCUUCCUCUAUCAUCUUAGAAGAAGAGAAGAGCAAACAAAUUGAAAAACCGUAUUUUAUAAAUGAUAAAUAUCUGUUUGAUAAAGGUGGUUACAAAAAACAUAAUACAUGGUUUGAGCAAUGUAUGAAAGGAUCGUUAGAAAUAGUCACAACUAUGUCCAAGUAUAGAAACGAUGCAAAAGCUUUACAACAAAUAGAAAAUAAAUGGUCUGAAGUAUGGUACAAAGCGUUGGAAAUUACCGAAAUGUCAAAUAAAUACCGUAACGUAAUUUGUCACCGUGAUUUAUGGAAUAAUAAUAUAAUGUUUCGAUAUGAAAAUGUUAAUAAUACUGUGAAAGCCGUUGAUUGUCUGUUUGUCGAUUUUGCCGCUGUGUCAUUACAACCGCCAGCUAGUGAUGUGAUGCUUCUCCUCUAUUGCACAUUAGAUCCGGUUUUUCGUGAACAAAAUUUAAAUUAUUUCCUUAAUUACUACUAUGAACAACUUAAAAAUAAUCUUAGCACUAAUGGAAUAACAAUUGAGAAUGUCAUACCAUUUAGGGACUUUAUAGAAUCUUGCGAGGAACAAAGAUUGUGGGGUAUUAUUGUUAGCGCCUGUCUCGUCCCUCAAUUUUGGAUAAGUGAGGAGCUCACUAAGAAGAUAUUCUGUAAUACUGAGGAUUUCGAAAAAAUACUCAACAAUGAUAAAGCUACUUUUAUUAGAGCAAUGAUUAAUAAUAACGAAGGUUAUAAGAAAAAAAUCCUGCCUAUAUUCGAAGAAAUUGUUCAUCGAUAUUGUUUAAGUACGUAA